AUGCCUAAUUCCCCUGAUUUCUCAUCAUCUUUUUACUCAGAUUCUAGCGAUACUGGAAGUCUAACAGGAGGUAUGCGCCAAAAAUUUGAUACAAUCCAUAGACACAGCAGAAGAACUAGUGAUAUUUUGGGCGAUAUUGAAGAGGAAUUACAUUCUAGCGACAAUGAGAAUAGUGGAAAUUCAUCAAGCUCCAUAAUUAUUGAAGGUACGUCUAAUACUGAUAUACCGCCCCUAUUUAAUGACUCGAAUUCUUCUAGUUCAGAUGAUUCAGAAAUUCGAAGCUCUUCAGAUGAUGAUAUUCAUGCACGUUGUAGGCAAAUACAUAUUCAGAAUAUCAGAUUACGACGCAAAGCUGAACAAGAUUUACUAGAAUGCCGCAAUGAAAGAGGCUUAUUGGAAUUUAAUCGGGAUCGCAUUGUGAAUGAACUCGAAAUAGCUGAGGAUGAUAUCGACGAUCAGAACCGAAUAAUAAAUAUUUUAAAUCAAGAAAAUUUAUUGCUUCGGAAUAAUAUACAUACAAAUAAUAAUCGAACAGGUAUGGCAGGAUACGCACCUUCAAUAUUUAAUGGAUACCCCAAUGAAGAUCCAGAGGAAUUUAUUGAUUCUUUUCGUUCAUAUCUUAUAGCCGCCGGAAUUAAUAUAGCUGUUGGAGAUGCCGAUAGAAUUCGAGCACAUGGUCUUUUCGAAACAUGCUUAAAAGCUAAUUUAGGUGCCGUUCAAGGACGAACUGCAAUCCAAUUGGGAGUACAAGCAUUAAAUCGCGCAAAUAGGCAAGCUGGUAAUAUUAUAAUUCCAUCUCAUAUAAUAUUUGAUGAAGAUUGGUCUUAUAUUGAUGGUCGACCAACAGAUCGUUUACCUAAUGCGCCAAAUUCUAAUACAGGUAAUACUGUAGUUGUAGCUGGAAUUAGACUUGGGAGUGAACCAGUUGGUCGAUUCUAUUCUAAUUUACGUAGGUUAGCUAGGCUUGCCAAUAUUGAUGAACAGCAGAUUCGUUUACAAUUUCUUCGUGGACUUUCACCCACAAAUCAAAUAGAAGUUCGUCGUUUAGGACUUGAAAAAUCUGUAGAUGAAUUACUUCCAAAACUUGAAGAAAUCGAAAGAUAUACAGCAGAACAGUUAUCUGGAGCUUAUUUACGUCCAAUCUCAGAUCCAACGCCAACAAAAAAAAAUCGUAAUAAAGAUAAUGUUUCAGAUAAUGCCUGUAUGACUGAAACUGAUAUCAGGAACUUAAAAUUAUUACGUCCUAGUCAAAUGGAACCAGGAAAAAUAUAUCGGGAUCCAGAUUUGCGCUUGAAUGACCAAGAAUGGUUGACAGGAUAUGAUGUAUUGGAAUGUCUUAACGUUUCUACUAAACCAAAUAAUAUAUCAUUUCUACAGGCUCUUAAGGAGGUUAUUAAAGAAGAAUUGUUUGAUAAAAUUUCACCUUAUUUAUCAAAUUUAAUCAAAAACGAAGGGAAUGAUUCAAAAAACGCCGAUGAAGAGCUUUCCAAUCGCAUGAGUAUUCGCGCUUCCAAUAAAUCAUCUCAUAGAUGUUCCAAUUGUAAUAGAACCGGGCAUAAUUCCCGUAAUUGUCCUCGUAAGAAGAGAAAAUCUAAGAGUAAAUCCAAGAAAAAAGCUGAUGUUAAUUUGACUAAUAUAGAAUCUAGUUCCGAUACUUCUGAGAGUGAAUCUGAUUCUGGAACCAAUAAUUCUUCUGAUAGCGAAUCUGAUUUCUCAUCUGAGAUUGAGGGCAUGAACGUCAACAUCACCAGGCAAAAAAAAAACGAAAAAUUAACUUCUUCUUUUGAUAAAGGACGAAAUAACGAAGCUACCAUAUCUAAACCAACUCGUAUUGAUAAAUCACUUCAAAAAAUUGUACUAGAUAUGUUUGACGGUAUCCUACCUGUAGAUUUGAUGAUUUCACAAAUUAUCGAGAAACGAUUCUAG